CCCUGAAAUAUUUGAGAACCGACAACGAAGAACGAAAUGGAAAUAUUUUCCUCUGUAGCGUGCCAUAUAGAUGCAUUUUCCCAAGAUUGUGUCUUUAUGUCUCUGAAUAUUAUGAUAAUUUCUAACUCCCAGUUUUCUCCGGUAGAAUAACCCAAUGACAAUCACAUAUUUUGAGAUAGCUCAACCCCUUCAGCAGACUACGGACAGCCUUGUUUAAUUAUAAAGAGCCUGCGAAGCAGCUAUGAGAUUGAUUGAUGUGUGCUUUAACCAUCGAGGGGCUAAUCUGCUUGAAUGACGAAUGGUUAAACCAAUUGGUAUAAAGAUAACAAAUCUAUCCCCGUAGUGUCUUUAUUUCAGGAAACCUGGAAAAAAUGACUUCAGAUACGGAGAGGGGCAAUUGAAGCAUAAAGCUGGUGUCUUGAAAAAAAACGAGGUGACUAAAGUCGAGCUUUCAUUCGGCUUUACAGAGACCUAUCGGCACAGCACAAGGUUGUUAGUGGAAAUGUGUUCGCGUAUCAGGACUGCGACUGCAUUGGCAAUGUACUGGACAUUUCAUCGUUUUCCGUCACACUCGUAAAAACCUCCUCCUUUACCGUUCAAGUCGAUGGCGUUGUGAUCGAAUGAGAUUUUCAUUUCGCUUAUAAAGGCGCUACCCACCAGCGUUCACGGGAAUCUGAGGUUAAUCACCUUUUCAGCACCUGGACAGCUCCUCGCCGUGGAAGACCUAUAUUCACCAAAAGGAGUCCCUGCCUGUGGUCGUGGGGAAAACCCUCUUCGAGCAGGAGCGGUCUGGUGUUUUCUCCUCGCUUUAAGGAUGCACCUAUCCAGUUAUUUGGUUAGUCCGGGAUACCUAACAACAUACUGGUGAAGGAUGAUGCUCGGGUUUCGAAUUCGACUCCUUCGAUGUACCCCGAAUUGUGAGCAGCAGAAGGGGUGUCUGUCCAGUUCAAACCCGCUAAGGAUAGCAGCCUACACAUUGCGAGACCGGAGCUUCACACACGCUGACCAUCAGCAAGGGAGACAUUAUCAUCAUCACGGGGGAAAGGGAGGCACGAUUACACAAUGUAAUCCAAGAAAGGUUCACAAUGUUUAAAUUUGCUUCCCUGUGCACACUACUCGGGAGUUAGAACUGGGUGAAAUCAUAUGUAAUCUCAGCCCACAUCUCUCAACAUGGCCAACCCUCAGCCCGCCCAAGAGCCCGGGGUGUCAGACCUGGAGAUCAUCUCCCAGCAGGUGGAAGAGGAGAGUCAGUGCAUCGCCCCAGUGCAGCUCGUCAGCUUUGCCUACAGAGACCUGCCCCUGGCUGCCCUUGACCUCUCGCUGGCUGGCUCCCAGCUCCUGUCCAACCUGGAUGAGGAGGACACGCGAGAAGGCUCUAACUGGCUGAAGCCCUGCUGCGGGCAGAGGGCGGCUCUUUGGCAGGUGUUUCUGCUCAGCGCAGGCCUCAACUGCUUCCUGGUGGCCUGCGUCGUGCUGGUGGUGGUUCUGCUGGCCCUGGAGCUUCUCAUAGACACCAAGCUGCUGCAGUUUACAAAUGCAUUCCAGUUUGCCAGCAUCAUUCACUGGAUCAGCCUUGUUAUCCUGUCUGUGUUCUUCACUGAGACUGUGUUUAGAAUCGUUGUGCUGGGUAUCUGGGAUUACAUAGAGAACAAAGUGGAGGUGUUUGACGGUGCUGUAAUUGUCCUCUCUCUGGCCCCCAUGGUGGCCUCCACAGUAGCCAAUGGACCCAGCAGCCCCUGGGACGCCAUCAGUCUCAUCAUCACACUGCGCAUCUGGAGGGUAAAGAGAAUCAUUGAUGCCUAUGUCCUGCAGGUGAAGGUGGAGAUGGAGAUGGUGAUCCAGCAGUACGAGAAGACCAAGCUGGUGCGAGAAGAGCAGCUGGAGCGCCUCACACAGAUCUGCCAGGAGCAGGCGUUCGAGAUCCGGCAGCUGAGGGCACACCUGGCGCAGCAGGACCUGGACCUGGCAGCCGAGAGGGAGGCGGCCAUGCAGAUGCACCACGUGUGGAGCAAGCAGAGCAGCAAGUUCAAGGUGGUGGACGGCCUGGCGGCGGGCGAGUCCGACGACGAGGGCCACGAGAGCGGCCGGGAGACACGGCCCCCGGCAGAACCUGUUGUUCGUGAUGAUAUGAACAACUAUAUCAGCCAGUACUACAGUGAGCCAAGCAGUGACAUCGGAGUUCCAGAGGCCGGAACCCGAGUCAUCACCACCACGGCCAUCGAUGUCCACCUCCCCAACAACCCCAACAACAUCUCCUCCGACCUGCUGACCGCCGAGGCGCCCAGCCGGCUGGAGCGCGCGGGCAGCUCGGUCAGCGACACCUCGGCCACGGCCUCCCGCUCCCCUGACAGCUCGGCCACGCGCAACCAGAGCGCCAGCAGCCAGACGCUGGGCUCGUCCACGGACUGCAGCACCACCCGGGAGGCCUCUUCUGACUACUGCCCCCUGGGGCGGACAGGAAGCCAGCGCCAUGCCCACCGCCACCCCCUCUCCCUCCCCCAGGAGCAGCUGGGGCCGACGGGCCAGCGGGACGCCAGCACUGUGGUGCAGGAGCUCCUCUCCUCGCUGUCCGAGGACUCCUGCCUGACCCAAAAAGGCCUUGACCCAGUCAACCUCAAACUACCGAGCCCAGCAGGGUCAGCCAAAACCAGCCCCGAGCUGGAGCACAGAGUCAACAUCUACAACAAGAAAAACCAGGAGAGCCUCAAUGUAUUCCAGACUAAGCCACUCAUCCACCUCCAGGCGAGCGAACACUCUCUGGAGGAGAAAUACAGAUUCCUGAACCCUGCUGACUCCCCCAUGAGCCAUCUGCCUGACACAUAGUGGGCAGGCCAGUGAGCGCCGAAGCACCAGUGGCAUAAGCGUGAGCCGAAACAGCCCCCCUUUGAGCCAGCGCUGACACAUUCUUCAUGCCUCCAGAGAACAACAAAAACAAGGAAACAGACAGAUUUUCGGGGGGGCCUCAUCAUAUCACCACACUUUAUUGUGGAGAUCCUACCACGUCCCUCUUCCCUCCUUGCUGACGCGCUGCUUUAACUGGGACUGGAGGGGCUCAGGAUAAGAGGGCGCUGGGAACCGGCAGCGAACCACCGUCAGGAAGUCGAUUCCGCAAAGUUCCUGGCGUUUUAGGGAAAACAAAACAUUUCUACGUGUCAAACCAGCAAGGGGCUGUGUGCAGGCUUUUACAAAGCAAGCUACUUUAACAGUACUGUUAAUAAAAAACUGCUUUUACAGAUUCUUUGGGGAAUAGGAAGGGGGUGGGGAUUUCAGAAUGGCUGAGGGGAGGGGGGCACCAGGGUCAUUAGGUAUUGAGCUAAGUGUUACCUUUAUACAAAAUACUGUAAAAAAUGUAAUAUAUUCUCUGAUGAGGCUACAGCAGGGUACAUUUGAUUGGAUGAGCUGAAUUCACAGCAAAAUUUCUUACCUUUAUCUUUCUACAUUACAGAUGACGACAUUUGUAUUUAAAAUUAAAGAGGGAUAAAAAUGUUCACUGCAGUAUUUUUAAAUCCGACACGGCAGUCAAUGAGGAAGCAAUGAAGACUUUUGCGAACCUGAAUAAAAAAAGUGAAGGGAUCCAUGUUCUAGAAUGCAAUGCUUGUAGCAUGAACCUUUAAAAAAUCUGCUUUCUGAAUACGGCAAAACAAUCCUGUGCACUUUAAUGUUUACAGACGUAUUUUAUAACAAUGAACACGGUGGAACCUGAGUCACAUACUGCAUUCAAUUAAAAGUGAAGAUUGUAAAAUGA